UUUGGCUUCCAACAAAUACGAUACGGAAAAUGAGCAAAACCCUCUGAACGCACAGAAACUGAAACCAGUGCUCCCUCAACUCCACGGAGACCAUUGUAGACUUCACCCCUUCCAAAAAUCUCUUCUCUCCUUUCUCUUCGUUCUUCUACAAUGAGCAUAACAGCGGAGCUUUUUGGAAUCGGGAACCCUAACCCUGCCUUGAAUCGCUGCUUAAAGCAAGCUCCAUUCACUGCUCACUCUUAUUCGCCGGCGUCGCUAGGGUUCGAAUCUGCUCUCCGAUUCAGACAUUCUCGCUGCUACAAGGCGGCCUUUUCUCUGACUCCGCCUGUUCAUCCACAAGGCCUUGCCCCCGCCCCAUUGUGUAAAACCAGUCUCGGCAGGAGAUCUGUUCUCUCAUUUGCAGCUUCUCGUGAAGAACCGAGCUCUAAAGCUGAAGUGGAGUUUGAGAAGAAUGAUCUUGAGAAGGCCAGUGAUGAAUCGCAAGAAGCAUGGAAACAGACUCUAGAGUCCUUCAAAGAACAAGCCUUGAAGAUGCAAAGCAUUUCAAAAGAAGCAUAUGAAGUAUAUUCCAAGAAAGCUAUGAUUGUUUUGGAAGAAACUUCUGAGAAAUUGAAGAUUCAAUCUGAGAAGGCGAGGCAUGAUUUAAGUGUGAUUGCAAAGGAAAUCAGUGAGGAGAGUAAAGAAUAUUUAGCCACUGCAGCUGAGAACUCUCCUGAACCCGUAAAGGACAUUGUGGAAACAUUUGCUUCCUCAUCUGAUGAAUUUAAUGACAUCUCCAAAGUGCUAGACUUUUACCUUGGAAUACCAUACGGGGCUAUUCUCUCUGUUGGUGGCUUUUUGUCAUUCAUGGUGACGGGUAGUAUCCCUGCCAUUAGGUUUGGAGUUAUUCUUGGUGGUGCCCUUUUGGCCUUCAGUAUCUCAAGUCUAAGAUCAUGGAGGAAAGGAGAGUCAUCUUCUCUAGCCUUAAAAGGGCAGUCGGCAAUUGCUACCAUCUUAUUUCUCAGACAGUUUCGAUUGCUGUUUCAGAGACCAUGUUUUGGAAAUAUUUUUAUGUCACUUGUGAGUGGUUCAAUGGCAGCAUUCUUUGCCUACAGGAUCAUAAGAGAUCGUGAUCAGACCAAGGGUUCAACUUUGACAGAAAAUUAGUUAGAUGAAUGCAACUUUGGCGGUAUUAGUUUCUAUUGAAGACGAAGAGCUUAAACAUGAUCCAUCGUCCAUCUUCCAAGAAAAGGAAUUAAUGGCCAGUCAAGUGAUGAUGCUGGAGAGUCGUAGGUAUUCUUUGCCUUAGGUUCCCAUGGGAUGCAAAAGUUUGUGUCAAGAAAUAAAUCUCUGUCCUGGAUUGUGUGUGGGACAAGGUGAAGGUUUUUCCACCUAGAGAAGAAUACAUUAUAUCUAUAGUGGUAGGAUAGGCAAUGAUUUCCAUUUUGAAGGUAGGAAAAUGUGUUUGAAGAUGCUUUCUAUCUAUACGGUAGGAUAUUGCAGUUGCUCAUUGAUGCGCAGGCAAAAGCUAGCCUUCCUGUGUCUAUUCACACUAUGAUUUGCUGUCUAAGUGUCACGGCAA